CAUGACCGAGGUGCAUACUCACCAUCAGCAUCAUCAUCAUCAUCAUCAUCACCCGUCUCUCGUUGUGCGUUACUCGCCAUUCAAUACUCAAUAUUCGAUACCGAGUAUCCAGUACAGCAAAACCGACUAUUCGGUAUUCACGCUCCACUAACUACGAUCCACUAUCCAGUAUCUACUCUCCCGAGAUCGACCAUCCAAGAUCAUCUACUCUCGGACCUGUGGGAACUAGGGUACCUUUUGACUCGACAAACGACAGAGUCAUCAGUCACGGAACCAUCGAAUACAGACCUUUUGGUUGUAGUCACACGGUCUACAGUCAUACUGUUCCCAAGGUGAAACACGAUGAUAACGGUAAUCGAUUUGAUUCACCUCCGCCGGUGCGUGGUCUUGGCUCGGGAAGCCCUCCAGGCCGGGGAUUCACCUUUUGGGUCUGUGCUGGUCAAGAACUCUACCGGCCAGGUGUUGAGGGAAGACCGUAACCGAAUCACCACUGGUCGGGACGUGACUUUACAUCCGGAAUUGUCGCUGGUCAUCUGGGCUCAACGACAACAAGACCUGGAUCGGUCGGACACGACGGUGUACACUUCGGGUGAACAUUGUCCCAUGUGUGCCACCGCUCACGCAAACGCCGGCAUGGGUCGUAUCGUCUACGUGGCCUCUUCGGAACAGUUGUGCGAAUGGAGGAAAGAAAUGGGUGCACCACCGACACCGGUGGCAUUGUUGCCGAUUGAAAUCGUCGCACCAGCCCUGAAGGGUGUCGUCGAGGGACCCGUCACGACAAAAGACCCAAGUCUCGUGGAGCGGGUCAAGGAAUUGCACAGGGUCAAACAUCAACAGACGCAGAACCAAGCACGGGCACAGACUCAAGGAUAGGUACGCUCACGGGUACAGGGACGAGCAAGUGGGACGGGUACAGGCACAAAGGGAGGAGGUAUGAAUUUGUAAAAGAUGCAAAGAUGCAGAGAGGUCAAGGUCAAGUUCAAGGUCGAGGUAAGCUGGUUUGAACUGGUAAGUGAUACCAAAGUAUUCUACCU